AUGAGGCUCCGUAGGACCCUAAAACCCAUUCUGUUGGUUGCAGCUGCACCUUCUGCUUUCAAUAGUUUUGGGAAAAUUGGUACCAUAUGUCAUCUUCAUACUUAUACAAAAAUGACUAAUAUUGAUGAUGCCCUACUUUCAUUCAAUACCAUGCUUCACAUCAACCCCUUACCUUCCAUAGUUGAGUUUAAUAAAUUGUUAUCUGCACUUGUCAGAAUGAAACAUUUUCAGGCCGUGCUUUCUCUUUGUAAGCGAUUGGAAUUGGCAGGACUUCCGUUUAAUGCUUACACUAUUAACAUAGUGAUGAAUUGCUUCUGUCAUUUGCAUCGUGUCGAUUUUGGAUUCGCCAUGCUAGGAAAAAUCUUCAAACUCGGAUUUCGGCUUGACGUGAUUAUGUUUAAUCCCUUACUCAAUGGCCUUUGUUUACAAGGUAAAAUUGCCCAAGCUGUCGAGUUGUUUGAUGAUAUAGAAGCCAAGGGUUAUCAACUUGAUGUUUAUGCCUAUUCUUCUGUUGCUAAUUCCUUAUGUAAAAUUGGAAAAUCCAGUGCUGCAAUUAGUUUACUUCAAAGAAUGAGAGAAAAAGGUUGUCAGCCAAAUGUUGUGACCUAUAAUACAAUUAUCGACGGGCUUUGCAGGGAGGGUUUCAUUACCACGGCUAAAAACCUUGUAUUAGAGAUGAAGAGAGAAAAUAUAUUGGCUGAUGUUGUAACUUACAGCUCUUUAAUUCGUUGUCUUUUCAAUUUAGGCCAAUGCAAGGAAGCUUUAGCUUUACAUAAUGAAAUGUUUGAUUGGAAAAUCAAGCCAGAUGUAGUCAUUUUCAAUGUAUUGGUCGAUGGUUUGUGUAAAGAAGGGAUGGUUUUAGAGGCUCGUGAUAUAGUUGAAACAAUGACGCAGAGGGAGAUAGAGCCGAAUGUGGUCACUUACAAUUCAUUAAUAGAUGGCCUUUGUUUACAAGGUAAAAUUGCCCAAGCUGUCGAGUUGUUUGAUGAUAUAGAAGCCAAGGGUUAUCAACUUGAUGUUUAUGCCUAUUCUUCUGUUGCUAAUUCCUUAUGUAAAAUUGGAAAAUCCAGUGCUGCAAUUAGUUUACUUCAAAGAAUGAGAGAAAAAGGUUGUCAGCCAAAUGUUGUGACCUAUAAUACAAUUAUCGACGGGCUUUGCAGGGAGGGUUUCAUUACCACGGCUAAAAACCUUGUAUUAGAGAUGAAGAGAGAAAAUAUAUUGGCUGAUGUUGUAACUUACAGCUCUUUAAUUCGUUGUCUUUUCAAUUUAGGCCAAUGCAAGGAAGCUUUAGCUUUACAUAAUGAAAUGUUUGAUUGGAAAAUCAAGCCAGAUGUAGUCAUUUUCAAUGUAUUGGUCGAUGGUUUGUGUAAAGAAGGGAUGGUUUUAGAGGCUCGUGAUAUAGUUGAAACAAUGACGCAGAGGGAGAUAGAGCCGAAUGUGGUCACUUACAAUUCAUUAAUAGGUGGAUAUUGUCAGCAGAAUCAAUUAAGUGAGGCUAGAAAAGUAUUUGACAUUAUGGUAAGCAAGGGUUGCACUCCUAAUAUUGUGACUUACAACAUUUUGAUUAAACUGUACUGCAAGAACAAAACGAUGGAUGAUCCUGACUAUGACAAAGACCGAAAGAAGGGAGGUGGCGGAUUGAUAACUCCUGCCAAGCAUAUUUGCAAUAUGACUCUUUUUACGCUUUUCGCAGACUUAUAUCCCUCCGCCGAUGCUAUACUAGGACAAACAUCAAACUCCACGGCUGGUAAUGGGGUAGAUUUUGUUCCAAAGAAGAGAAAGACAGAUGGCCAAUCUAUUAUUGAUGGUGUUGCAAAGGAGGGUCCAACUACUGGUGAGCAGAAGAAGAAAAAAACUGAUCAUGAAGAGACUUUGGUGCCAAAUGGUGGCAAAAGAAACCAUAAAGCUGGCAAAAAUGCUGCGGAAAAUGCUGAUGUAGGAGAAAAGAAGGCGAUGAAGAAGCGAAAAAAUUCUAUGAGGAUUUUUGUAUUGGACUACAUGGCAUUAGUUAGACAUAUUGUCCAUUGGACCAUCGCCAAAGCUGGACGAUGA